GUAUGGUGCAAAAUGAAGCAUAAUAGUCUUGUAUUGGGAUGCUUGGUUUCGAUCAUCUUUCAUGUUCUGCAAACAGGAAAGGGUGAUCAGACGAUGGAGGAAUCGCAGCCGAAGAAACACAUUUCGACUGAUCAGAUUCUCAUGUUUUCUGGCUAUUUCCUGUUAGCUAUGGCUGUUCUUCUUGGAAUUUGUCUCUGGCUGUGGAGAAAUGGCAGGAAGAAUCAACCCGCCGAAUCCCGCGAUGUUAACAAAAAAGUUGCAGCCGUGGAAGACAGCGAUGAUUUCACUGAUAAUCCUAUGUCAGCAUCCACUGAUUUCAUAAAAACAUCAAAGAACAUGCCGGAAACAUCAUCGGAAUUCUCAUCGGAGAUGGCGGCGCCGCCGUCGCACGCGCUGGUGGUUCUGACAAGCCCGGAGGUGAACGGGCUGAAAUUUGAGGAUCUACUGAAUUCGCCGGCGGAGUUGAUUGGGAGAGGAAAGGGCGGGAGUUCAUAUAAGGUUAUGUGUGAGAAUCCUAGGAUGAUCUUGGCUGUGAAAAGAAUCAAGGAUUGGGAGAUAUCAAGCCGUGAUUUCAAGACCAGAAUGCAGCGAUUGGACCAGGCUAAACACCGCAGUGUCUUGUCGGCCAUGGCCUUCUAUUCUUCCAGCCAAGAAAAGCUUUUAGUCUUUGAAUAUCAGAAUAAUGGCAGCCUUCUAAGACGCCUACAAGGAACCCGAACUGGGGAAGCUUUUGAGUGGAUUAGCAGACUCAACACUGCGGCCACCAUAGCCGAAUCCAUGGCGUUCAUGCACGGCGAGCUCAAAAACGACGCCGGAACUGGAAUUAUCCCGCACGGAAACCUCAAAUCCUCGAACAUCCUGCUCACACAAACCAUGGAGCCACGCAUAAGCGAGUACGGCCUGAAGCCCGCCGCCGAAGCCGCAACAGCAGACUUCACACAAGACGUGUACGCCUUGGGGGUGAUUCUUCUGGAGCUACUGACAGGGAAGCUGGUGGCCGACGAAAUGGAUGUGGCAAGUUGGGUUGUUUCAGUGCUGAGAGAAGAGUGGACGGUUGAAGUUUUCGACAGGGCAUUGAUCAGAGAAGGGGCUAAUGAAGAGAGGAUGGUUAAUCUUUUGCAGGUUGCUGUGAGUUGCGUUAAUCGUUCCCCGCCGGCCAGGCCCGCCAUCAACCAAGUUGCGGUGAUGAUUAACGGUAUAAGAGAGGAGGAAGAGAGGUCUAUGGAUGUAUCUCGUGUUAGUGUGAUUAGCAGUCGGUAGAGCCAAAGGCCUAUCAAGCAGUAUAAGUGUGGACUCCCUCAAAUAGGACGUCACGGAAAGCAUAAUACUACAUUAUAACAUAAUCAAUAGUAAACGAACGAAAACAAUGGAAACAUAUAUA